CACGUUCAAGAACCUGCCGUGACGUUGGGUUGUGUUGUUCGAAGAUACCCAUACCGCAGGUAUUGGCCGCGAAGACUUAGUUCGAGCCGAGACUGAGUCGAAGGAGAAAAUGAAGAAGCUGUCUCAGCAGGAACAGCGAAGCCUCCCCCAAGACAUGAAUUAUGAGAGCAAUCCAGAGGACUACUGUCGGACGCACGACAUUGAGAUCGAACCAGAACAUUCCUUUGUCACACCCAGCGGACUGCUCAACGUCCUCGAUGGGUCAAGAGCUAAGGAGGGUCGCUUCGUCAUCUUGACAACGAACUCACCUAAGACGCUGGACAAGGCGCUCGCUCGCAAAGGUCGCAUGGAGAUGGUCUUGCAUAUAGGUUACAGUUGCCCCGGCUCUGCUGCAAGUAUGCUCAAGCGAAUGUUCAACACAGAUCUGACCUUUCACAUCCCAGAAGGAGAGCUUGAGCGUUUGGCUGAACGUUUCGCCAAGAUCCCCAAGAAUAUGUCCACUCCCUGUGCGAUCGUUAACUACUGUCGAAGCUACCGCAAAUGAUCUCGAGAGGCCAUCGAGAAGUUCCGGAAGUUCGUGGAGGAUCGGAUUCAGGGCAAAGGCGGACUACCUGUACGACGUCAAGGACGACGCUCAAGAAGGCAAGGUCCGCGCCGAAAACACCGAGAACAAGCAAGCGGAAGUU